AGAACUUCCACUGGCACUAGAAAGAGCACACAGGCAGUUUAAAUAAAACCACUGUAGAGAGGUAUCAUUUCAAAGCAGAGCAGGCUGAGUGGGAGCACUAUGGAAAUGAAGAAAAGAAGCCUGUGUCUAAUGUGUUUUCUGCUUCCAGUUUUUUUGCUAUCGCCUGCAUCCUCGCAAGCAACCACAAACUCCAGCAGCUGCUCCGUGGUGCCCACACUGAUUGAGAAUCUGUCCGCUCAGCUGAAGAUAGUGGUGGAAUGUGCGGAGACACAUGCAAGCCAGUGGGGAGAAAACGAUACUGCUAUACUGCUGGACUCCCUUCGCAGAACCACUGACGUGCUGCAGAAACACCAGAAAACUGUGUGUUUAGAUGCCGUUCCUACACAGUGUCCAGCCCCAGUGGUCCACAGUAAGGGAGGACUGGUGUGUGUCACCAUUAAAGAGGCACGCUACUGCAAGCCUAUGUGUAACAAGGGGUAUGAUUUCAGCUUCCUCAGGAGAAGCCGACUGUAUGAGAUAUGCAGCGCACACACCAGGUACCUGUGGAACACGUUCUACGUUGGUGGGAACAAACUGGCAGUCUGCAACAAGUCCUCUAUUCAAAUCAGCGGCGCUGUGACCGCCUACUUCCCAAAGGACCAGGACUGCCUGAAAACCAAAAGUGACCACAAUCUGGAGAAGCAGAUAAUCCAGACCUUUGUGUCCGAGCUCAAGAGCGAUGGCAUCGAUGGGAACCCGGAGCACGAGUGCCUUAUCUGUGGAUAACUCCCUUUGUUGGCCAUCUAGCCGCAAUCUCCAGAGGGUAUCAGAUGAAAGUAGGAUUACAACAAGAGCAAGAGCCAAGGAGGAGAGCCACCUUUUGCUGAUGAUCAUUUCACUGGAUAGACACGCAUUCCCACAGAGGGGAGACAGCUAGCAGGAGGUGUUAAAGCCAAGAUGUAGUUACUGAAACACCAUGUGCUGGAUCAGUACUUAAUUUUCAUCUUUGCAGUACGGCUAUCUAUCUGUGGCUCUUUGAUGUGAAUUAAAAAAAAUUCCAGUA